AAAAAUAACAUCGACUCAUCGAUGUCUGUGUGAAACAGCGGGCAAUACAGCACCGAAAAAAGCCGAUGCAACAUUUUUUAUACAAAAAUUAAAAGAAAUUGUGCAGUUGCGGGAUAUUGGUCGAAAGGGCGUGCCAAAUAAAAUUCCGUGCGGACCGCAGUCGAACAUAUAAAUAAAUAACAAUUGCAACAGAAAAUAUCAAAUUGGAAAGACGAAGAGAAAUAGAAAAAAAAAAGAAAGAAAGAGGAGAGAACUAAGCCAGUGAGCGAAUUGUGCGGAACUCGUCUUCUCGAAUUGGAAAAGUGAGAGAUCGCUAACGGUAGCAGCGAAUCAAGCAGACCAACUGCAAUCGCCACACACGCACGCAUACCUGCAGCACACACACACUCACACAGACACACAGAAUGGCCUGGCGCUUUAAGGCUUCCAAGUAUAAAAAUGCCGCGCCCAUUGUCCCAAAAGCGGAGGCUUGCGUACGCGAAAUAUGCGUGGGCAGCUAUCAAACCUAUGGCAAUAAUAUUGCCGCAUCCGCUGCCUUCAUGGCCUUCAAUUGGGAGCAUAGCGGCUCCAGUGUUGCUGUCCUGCCGCUCGAUGAUUGCGGCCGCAAAAGCAAGACAAUGCCAUUGCUGCAUGGCCAUACGGACACAGUGACAGACUUGAAAUUCUCACCCUUUCAUGAUGGACUAUUGGCAACGGCAUCGCAGGAUUGCCUGGUCAAAAUCUGGCACAUACCCGAAAAAGGACUCGAACAAUCGCUCUCUGACCCGGAGGCUGUAUUCUCACAUAAGCAGCGCCGCGUAGAGACCGUCGGCUUUCAUCCCACAGCCGAUGGUCUAAUGUACUCGACAGCGGCUGGCUGUGUGGCGCUCUUCGAUAUUGCGGCCCAAAAGGAAAUCUUCUCUAACAAUGAACAUCCCGAGGUAAUUCAAUCGGCCAGCUGGCGAGAGGAUGGCACUGUCCUGGCCACCAGCUGCAAGGAUAAGUGUGUGCGCAUCUUUGAUCCACGUGCCGCCGGCUCGCCCAUACAAAUGGUGGCCGAGUCGCAUCAGAGCAUUAAGGACUCGCGUGUCGUCUGGCUGGGCAACCAGUCGCGCAUCUUGACCACCGGCUUCGAUGCGGCCCGUUUGCGUCAAGUGAUCAUCCGCGAUAUACGCAACUUCAAUACGCCCGAAAAGACACUGGAGCUGGACUGCUCGACGGGCAUAUUGAUGCCGCUGUUCGAUCCCGAUACGAACAUGCUGUUCCUGGCUGGCAAGGGUGAUACGACCAUCAACUAUCUGGAGAUCACAGACAAGGAUCCCUAUCUAAUCGAAGGACUUAGGCAUACCGGCGAACAAACCAAAGGCGCCUGCCUGGUGCCCAAGCGUGCCCUCAAAGUGAUGGAGGCUGAGGUAAAUCGUGUGCUUCAGCUUACCUCCAACAUGGUCAUACCCAUCAUGUACCAGGUGCCACGCAAAACCUAUCGCGAUUUCCAUGCGGAUUUAUAUCCCGAAACAACGGGCUAUAAGACGGAGCUAAUUGCCAGCGAGUGGCUAAAUGGCACCAAUCAGGCAGUGCCCAAAAUGAAUUUGGACCCAGCGAAACGCGAGCAUGGCGAUGAGCCCAUUAUCAUACAUCGUGGCAAUUUGAGCGAUUUCGUUAAGAAUCUUGAGAACCUGAAGGCCAAGGGCAAGACUCAGAAUCAACAUCAAAAGCCCGCCACCACAUCGAUGGCCAAGCGCAACGACAACGAGCAUUUCGUGAUGCUGCGCAAGUGCAACAACGGCGAGGAGAGGAAUGGCAAUGGGAAUGCCAGCGACUGCAAUGAGAAGCGCCUGCAUCAGGCCAAAGUGCAGCCAAAGGAGGAGUGCAGCCUGAACCAGAGCGAGCUAAUACGCAAAUUUGAGGCCAAAUACAAGACAGACUCCGAGAAGGAUCAGCAGGCACAGCAGCUGCACCACCAUCUGGAUGACAAGGACUCGCCCACUGAGCACUCGACGGGCAGCAGUGAGGAGGCCUCCUCAUCGGCUGCACUGGACACCAAUUCGCCAAGCGGCAGCCACUCGCCGCCGAAGCCGAUGCCGCGCACCUCGCGCAACAAUUCGCUGCCGGAGUCAACAACGCCACAGUCGGGCAGCGGCGGCGAUUCAGAGUGCAACACGCCACGCCCACGGCCACGCACAACUGCAGCAGCCGCCUACAAGCCACGGCUUGGCCCGAAGCCCUUCUCUAGCAACACGGGCGACGUGUCCUUCGAUAAGGUGUUCGCCGUGCCCGUUGCGCCGGGCUCCCAUGAGAAUAUAUCAACGGUUGGACAGGAUAACUGCGGUGAUGCGCCAGCAGGUGGCAGCAAGCCCGAUCUCAUUGUAGAAAUCGAAAUUCAAAAGAGCGAACCAAAUGUGGCCGGCAACGGCAAUGGAAAUGGCGUGCAGAAGUCAUUAACAACAUCGGAGCGUCGCAAGUCUUCGGCUGACGAUGAUGAAUCAUCAGAUAAGAUAUUCGAGCAGAACUCGGAAUCGUCGGAGAACUCAACGGAGGGCGAAGAUCGCACCGAUGCCGAUUUGCGACGCUUCUCAGCGGUGCGCAGCAGCAUUGCCGAGCGACGUCGCGUCUACGAGAGUCGAUCCAAAAGCCAGGUGGAUGAGAAGGCGCAAUCCCCAGUGCCGCUUCGCCGCGAGAGCUCCAAGGUGGAGCCACUGAAGCCCAGCCAGCAGCUGGGCGGCAACAGCAAUGUUAUUCCGGCGAGCGGCAUCGAGAAUAAACGCAUCUCGGUGCCCGAGGGCAAACUAUUGGAGGAGCAUCGCGGAAAGAAGUCGGCUAUGGAGGCGGCGUUCAGUGCUGCAUCCAUAAAGCGCACCUCCACCGUCUUCGGCAAGGUGUCCAAGUUUCGUCACUUGAAGGGCACGCCCGGCCACAAGUCCACACACAUUGAGAAUUUGCGAAAUUUGAGCCGUCAGAUACCGGGCGAAUGCAAUGGCUUCCAUGCCAACCAUGAACGGGUUGCUGUUCCGCUCGCCGGGCCGGGCGGCAAAAUUGCCAUAUUCGAGCUAAGUCGCCCUGGCCGAUUGCCGGACGGAGUCAUCCCGUCGCUGGUGAAUGGCAGCAAUGUAAUGGACUUCCAAUGGGAUCCGUUUGAUGCACAGCGUCUGGCGGUGGCCUGCGACGAUGGCAUUGUCAAAUUGUGGCGCAUCGAUGAAGGCGGCCUGACUGAGCCAACGAAUGAGCCGCAAGGCGAACUGACAGCACAUUUGGACAAAAUCUAUUUCAUACGCUUUCAUCCGCUCGCCGCGGAUGUGCUGCUGACAGCCAGCUAUGAUAUGACCAUCAAGCUCUGGGAUUUGCGCACCAUGACCGAGAAGUGCAUCCUCACCGGUCACACGGAUCAGAUAUUCGACUUCGCCUGGAGUCCGUGCGGCAAGCUGGGCGCCAGCGUUUGCAAGGAUGGCAAAAUACGCGUCUACAAUCCACGCAAGUCCGAGACACCGAUACGCGAGGGCAACGGCCCAGUGGGCACGCGCGGGGCACGCAUCACCUGGGCACUCGAGGGCCACUACAUUGUCUGUACCGGAUUCGACAAGGUAUCGGAGCGUCAGAUAAGCGUGUAUAAUGCACAAAAGCUGAGUGCACCGCUAAAUACGGCCAGUUUGGAUGUGUCGCCAUCAAUACUGAUACCCUUUUACGAUGAGGAUAGCUCCACGCUGUUUGUCACCGGCAAGGGCGACUCGACCAUCUACUGCUAUGAGAUAACCGACGAGGAGCCAUAUAUAUGCCCGCUGUCCCACCAUCGUUGCUCCUCGCUGCACCAGGGCCUCAGCUUCCUGACCAAGAAUCACUGCGAUGUGGCCAGCGUGGAAUUCUCCAAGGCGUAUAGGCUGACAAAUACAACCAUCGAGCCACUUAGCUUUACGGUGCCACGCAUUAAGAGUGAACUGUUCCAGGAUGAUUUGUUUCCACCCACGCGCGUCACAUGGAGCGCCACGUUGUCUGCUGAGGAUUGGUUUGCGUGCAACGACAAGAGCGCAGCCAAAGUCAGCCUCAAGCCGGAGGGCAUGGAUACACUGUCCUCCAUACAGCAAGUGCCAGCGCCAGUCAAGAAACCGGAGCACACGCAGUUCGGCAACAAAUCUGAAUAUGAGACCAACAAGCAACAGGAGAUCCAAAAGUCGGUGAGCGCGCGUAUGGAAUACAACACAAAGUUGGAGCAGGAUGACAUGGAAGGUGUCGACGAGAACGAAUGGCAGGAGUAGCCUCUGCGCAUUGCAUACACAUAAGAUAUAUUAUUAAAUAUACACUCAUAGAUAAGUUCGACGCGUAUAUAUGAAUAUACGAUGCAUAAU